CUCUCUCCUCUUCCCCUCGGCACCCCCCCCGCCCUCUCUCUCUCGAAUUCUCACUCACAAACCCUACACCCUAUUUUUCCAGAUUUUAUUUAAUUAAUCCAAGAUUUUUUAAAGGAUUUCUCUCUCUUUCUUUUUUUUUUCUCUGAAACUUUGAUUUUCCAGAGAUGGCCAAUUCUACCACCAGCACCGUUUAUGCCCACGUUAUUGAGGACGUCAUCAACAAGUGCCGCGAUGAGUACACCGACAAUGGUGGUCCUGGCGACAAUGUUCUCAAUGAGCUCCAAGCAUUAUGGGAGUUGAAGAUGAUACAAGCAGGGGCAAUCGUGGGCCCCAUAGACAGGUCUGCAACCCAAAAGCCCGCACCUGGGGGUCCCAUUCCUCCUAACCCAGUGCGUGACCUCAAUGUUCCCUAUGAAGGCACAGAGGAGUACGAAACUCCGACUGCUGAUUUACUUUUCCCUCCGACUCCUUUGCAGACGCCACUGCCAGGGACAACACAGACUCCGUUGCCUGGAACUACCCAGACUCCUCUUACUGGAAUGUCUGACAGCAGCUCGUUGUAUAACAUUCAUACUGGCGGAACCCCGAUAACCCCAAAUGAGUAUUCAUCUGUGAAUGACAAUAGUGGGGUUCCCGACAUGAGAGCUGGAUCUGCAAGACCCAGCCCAUAUAUGGCACCUUCGCCCUGGUUGAAUCAAAGGCCUCCUCUUGAUGUGAAUGUUGCUUAUGUGGAAGGCCGGGAAGAGGGUGAGAAGAGGGCCCCUCAUCUUCCUUCAACACAGGAUUUCUUCACAAUGCCUUCUGGAAAGCGAAAACGGGAAGACUUUCCUUCACAACAGCACCCUGAAGGAUACAUCCCACAGCAAGAUGGGGCUGGAGAUAUAUCUGAUGAUAUGAAGGUAGAUCAAGAGAGCAGCAGUCAGCAUGUUUUGGUAAAUUCUACGAAAAAGAUGGUUGUUCAAAGGGAAGGAUUGUCUUCUAGGAUUCCUCAGUUGGAUGGUCCCAUACCCGAUCCAUACGAUGACAUGCUUUCUACACCUAAUAUAUACAAUUAUCAAGGUGUUGCCAAUGAAGACUACAAUAUAGUGAACACACCCGCGCCACAUGAGCUGCAAGCACCGACUCCCACUCCUGCUCCCCAGAAUGACAUUGCAGAUGAUGACGAAGACGAACCUUUGAAUGAAGAUGAUGACGACGAUGAUUUGGAUGAUGUGGACCAAGGGGCGGAUCUGAACACAACGCAUUUGGUUCUGGCACAAUUUGACAAGGUGACACGUACCAAGAGCAAGUGGAAAUGCACUCUGAAAGAUGGCAUUAUGCACAUAAACAACAAAGACAUUCUGUUCAACAAGGCAACAGGAGAAUUCGAAUUCUGAUCCAUUAGAGAGAGACUCUCUUCCCAGAUGGCUGUUUAAUAUGGAGAAAGACCAGAGAUCUCUCUAUCUUUUAUAUUGUUGUCUUUGUUCUCUAUUAUUAAAUGAAAACUAGAGAGGAUUAGGAUUGAGCCCUUGAUGCUUUUCGGAAGGUUUCCUGCUUAUGUACAUGAAGACAGUUUUUGCUCCGACUGUCCUUUUUAAGUUUCGUGAAUCUUAUCUAUUGAACUCCA